AUCGAGCAAUCGUCUUCCGGGUGAGUCAUCCCGUGAGCUGAUUCAUAAGGUGGUCAUUCACCUUGUGCCUUUCACUUCAACGUUCACGGUCGUGCCGUUUCUCUCUUUCUCUCGAAUUUUUCUGUUUUUUUUGAGUUUUCGUCGCGACAAUGGCAGCCAGUUUCGCAAAGGUCUUCGAAACAGCAACGUCCGACGUCUACCCUCCCGUUUCGGCCACCGUCAGCGGCUCCAUACCGUCGUGGCUGCGCGGGACGCUCAUGCGCAAUGGACCGGCCAUCUUCUCUGUCGGACCCACCUCCUACCGUCAUUGGUUCGACGGUCAAUCAAUGUUACACUCAUUUAACAUCGAAGACAAGAAUGUCACCUAUACUGCCCGUUUCCUUCAGUCUGAUAUACAUAAAACGGCACAGGAAGCAGGAAGAGUGACGUCACCCGAAUUCGGCACCCCCCUGCCUCCUGAUCCUUGCCACAAUAUUUUUCGUCGCUUUUUCUCUCGUUUCACUGCGGUUAAGAACGACAAUGCGAAUGUCAAUGUUGUGAGGGUCAAUGACCGGUGGCUUGCGCUCGGCGAGGUGCCACUCUUGUGGCAUUUCGAUCCCGAGACUCUCGAGCCUGUCAAGAGGUACAGCACAGGGAGAGCGGCGAAUCUGAGGAUGGCGCAUAACACGGCGCAUCCACACGAUGCAGGAGAUGGAGAGAUCUACAACAUUGGGACGUCGGUUGGCUCUCGGCCGAUGUACAACCUGCUGAGGUCACGGCUUGUCGAUGCUGUCGGAUCCGUCGAUGGUCCCACUUUGCAGUCGGAUGUUCUCUGCUCGAUACCAGCCGGACUCUCUCCUUCCUAUUACCACAGCUUUGCUCGGACAGAAAACUUUGUCGUAUUUGCAGAGAUGCCGAUCAAGUAUUCAUUACUUGCGGCGGCCACUAUGCAUAUCCGUGGCUCGUCAUUUGCCGAUUGUCUGACCUGGUGUGAGGACACGCCCACGCAAUUCCAUGUUAUUGAUUUGAGGACGAACCGGGAGCUCACGGCAACAUACCACACUGACCCGUUCUUUACGUUUCAUCACGUGAAUGCAUACGAAGAUGUGGAACACAACCAGAUAAUCGUGGAUGCGAUAUGUUUGCCGGAUACUCAACUGAUCUCCGACCUUUACUUGUAUCAUCUGCGAAGUGAAGACGACAGGAAGGAUUCGGAGCCGUUUUUUCAGGAUCCUGAUUUCCGACGAUUUUUCAUUCCUCUGGACGAGUGUGGUAACGAAAAGACUAUCAACGUUGCAUAUGAGAGUCUCGGCUGUGGUGGAGAGUUACCAACAAUCAAUGAGAAAUACAACAGAAAGAAGUAUCGCUAUGCAUACGGCCUCACACGAUCAACGAAAGAGAGAAAUCCGUUUGACGGUUUAAUGAAACACGAUGUCGACACGAAGGAAUGGAAAGAAUGGCUGCCUGGUGAAGGUCUGUACGUAUCAGAGCCAGUGUUUGUUGCCUCACCAGACGAAGCAAGUGAAGACGAUGGCAUCAUACUGUCUGCUGUCAUCAGUGGAGAUCCAAGCAAGUCGUGUUUCUUGGCAAUCCUCGAUGCUGCUAGCUUCACACUCUUGGCUAAAGCUGAAGUUCCAUGCCGAAUUGCCGGCACAUUCCAUGGUCGUUUCACCUCACUGUAGUAUGUUUGUUCAUUGAAAUUAAUGAUUUCUGAUUUUAUAGAGUUUAGUUCUUGAAAUGAGAGCUUGACAAAUGUACUAUUUGCAUUUUGUUAUUUGCUUGAUUUGUAGACAAACAAGAAAGUUGUGUUUUAGGUUUAAAACGAA